CAGAAGGUCCUUGGACUGCGGAGCAGCUACCAGAAAGCGGCGGAAGUCGUCGACUUGAUCGCUCGUGUGAUGGCAGAGGAGGACGAGGAGACGGCCAAGGGAAUCUGCCAGGUGCUGAUACGCCUCGGCGAGAGCUUCACCCACCAGCUAUUCGCUCACGACGAGAUCGGGCGGCCUUUCGUUGAGUUUGCACUUGCGUGCAUGUCCCACGAGAGUCGAGAGGUGUCGAUGGUGACGCUCAACUUCUGGUUCGACCUGGAGGAGUACCUGGUCUCGUCACCCGAUGGCAAGCCCAAGAGAGAGGCCUACACGCCCGUGUUCCGACACCUGCUCCCGCUGCUGGUCCAAGCAUCCCGCUUUCCCGAAGACUUUGACGACCUGCCCAAGGACCUGCGAGACGAGUUCAUCGAGUUCCGAAACGAAGUCAAGGACACGCUGCUCUAUAAGGAGCUGGCCGCGAUGCAGACGCCGGGUCUGGGCGAAGCUGAACUGAAGGCCACGCACCGAAACAUCGAGGCUCUGCUGUUUGGAAUGGUCAGCAUUGCGGAGGGCAUAGACGCCUCGGAAGACACGUUUCUGCCUCAGAUCAUUGGGCAGCUCCUCUUUGUUCUGCCCACCACGCCCCUGGUCGCUGCUACGGCCAUCCGCCUCAUUGGCGAGCUUGCCGGUUGGUUCAAAAAGCAUCCGACCUGCCUCGAACCUGCCAUUCGCUACCUGCUGAGCACCACCGUCUCGCCGCUGCUUCGCUUCUCUGCCCUCACGUCGCUGAAGCAGUUGACUGAAAAGUGCGGCAAGCACCUGCACCAAGUCCUCGAGCCGAUGCUGGCCACAUACGAGAGUCUCUCCGAUAGCUUCAGCGCUCGGGAGCGCGGCGCGAUGAUUGAGUCGCUCACGCACAUCAUCGCGACGAUACCGCACCAGCCAGCGCUCCAAGCCCUACAGCGGAUCGUCCCGCCGGUCAUCCAAAAGAUAACCGCCAUUCUCGCCAUUCAGCCAGACGACCAUCCGCUAAUGCCGGUUCUUAAGGCCGUGUGGCCCGUGCUCGACUUCUGCUUCAAAAACUGCUCGGGCGACUCGGGCAUCAUCAAGGCCAAUUGCCAGAUACUGCGGCACUCGCUGCUGUCGAUGAAGGCCUACUUCCUGCCGCUCCUGCCCAUGCUCACGGCCCUCCUGACCGGCAGCUUCGAGCGGCACCACAACCCGCAGCUCGUAUCCCUGCUCGCCGUCACCGCCAACAUAUUCAAUGCCACCUCCCAUGCGCAGGCGCUGGAGUGGUUGAGCGGAGCGAUCACCGCCAUCUCGACCAGUUUCUUCACCAUCAUGUCGCAGGGAGCGAACCAGGUCGACCCGGACCUGGUCGAUGCCUACUACAAAGAUCUGCUGCUGCAGUUCUGGCGGUUCAAUCCGCAGGUGGUCCCGCUCAACCUGCUCGACACCGUGUACCAGUCGGCCGUCGCCUCGCUCCUCGUCUUCAAGGAGCGACGCGUCCUGCAGGCGGUCCAUUCGCUGCUUCAGGCCGUGACGAGCGAAGACCGGAACGAGCACGCGGCGGCCGUGAGGGACGCCCUGCUGCAGAAGCACGGCAAGACCCUCCUCCACACUUUAUUCACGGGUCUCGCCGGCCCGCUGUCGCGAUCUGAGUUCGCGCCCGUGGCGCGCCUGCUGAGCGCGUUGGUCAACGUGCGGCCCACUUGGUACCGCGAGUGGGCGACGGAGCUGUUCGCGGUGCCCUCGUUUCCGUCGGCCGUCAUCUCGCCGGAUAAGAAGAAGAAGUUCAUCACCGACGCCAUGAGCAUCAAGAACAGGGAGCGAUUCGAGCGGGUAGUGUCAGAGUUUGCGCUCCAGUGUCGCGGCCUCACAGAAGUCGGAGGCACCUUCUAG